GGCUAUUUCUGUAGAGGUCGAGAGCGUGUGCCAGGACAAUUGCUAAACAAGAUUUUAGUACGAUUUAGACUUUAGCCGGACGGGCUCGACAAUCUCGUCUCCGGCUCCGAGAGACGCUGAAAUCGUAGCGAAGACACCGAGUUGGAUAGAGCGCAGUAAAAUCGGAGGAAAACGAUCGUCGAACGUCCUCGAGGCCGAUAACCGCGGAGACAAGGAAAAUUCGAAAAAUCACGCACAACGAAGCAGUGAAAAAUGUAUGCCGCACACAGAGCCGGCAAGGCUCUCGCCAAACAGAGACUCAGCCUUCAGAUUAUUUACCUUAAUGGAAAAAAUUUCGGAACUGAUGUCCAGUACAAACCCAUCAGAAGCGUUCUCGUUGCGAACAGAGGGGAAAUCGCCAUUCGAGUUUUCCGAGCAUGUACCGAGCUCGGGAUUCGUUCGGUGGCGGUUUAUUCGGAGCAGGACAAAAUGCAAAUGCAUCGGCAAAAAGCGGACGAAAGUUACGUCGUCGGUCGCGGUUUAGCACCGGUUGCUGCUUACCUGGAUAUUCCGGAAAUCAUAAAAGUCGCAAAAGAAAAUAACAUCGACGCGAUCCACCCCGGAUAUGGAUUUCUCUCCGAGAGGUCAGACUUCGCACGCGCCGUCAUCGAUGCUGGAAUGAGGUUCAUUGGACCGUCCCCGAAGGUCGUGCAGCAAAUGGGUGACAAAGUCGCAGCUAGACAAGCAGCCAUCGAAGCCGGUGUUCCCAUCGUCCCUGGUACCGACGGUCCUGUCAGAACAGCCGAAGAAGCUAUGGAAUUUUGCAACAAACACGGCCUCCCUGUCAUCUUCAAAGCUGCCUAUGGAGGAGGAGGCAAAGGUAUGAGAGUGGUCAGACAGAUGGAAGAAGUGAAAGAAUCCUUUGAAAGAGCUUCGUCCGAAGCAAAAGCAUCUUUUGGCGACGGAGCGAUGUUCAUUGAAAAAUUCAUCGAGAGACCGAGGCACAUCGAGGUCCAGUUGCUCGGCGAUCAUGCCGGAAACGUCGUGCAUCUUUACGAGAGAGAUUGUUCGGUGCAACGGCGUCAUCAAAAAGUUGUCGAAAUAGCGCCUGCACCACGUCUGGAUCCAAAAGUCAGAGACAAAAUGACGGAGCACGCGAUCAAACUCGCCAAACACGUUGGCUACGCGAAUGCUGGUACCGUCGAGUUUUUGGCUGACGAAUCUGGAAAUUUCUACUUCAUCGAAGUCAACGCUAGGCUACAAGUCGAGCACACCGUUACCGAAGAAAUUACUGGUAUCGAUCUAGUCCAAUCCCAAAUCCGCAUAGCCGAAGGCAUGACGCUCCCGGAGCUAGGGAUGACUCAGGACAAAAUAGUGCCACAAGGCUUUGCAAUACAAUGCAGAGUUACGACUGAAGAUCCAGCGAAGAGUUUCCAGCCGGAUUGUGGCAGGAUUGAAGUUUUCCGAUCGGGCGAGGGAAUGGGAAUUCGAUUGGACAGCGCGUCUGCGUUCGCUGGCGCUAUUAUUUCGCCAUAUUACGAUUCACUGCUCGUCAAGGUUAUCGCUCACUCGAGUGACCUUCAAUCCUCAUGCGCCAAGAUGAACCGUGCACUUCGGGAGUUUCGAGUUCGCGGAGUCAAAACCAACAUACCCUUCCUACUGAACGUCCUCGAGAAUCAAAAGUUCCUCAACGGGAUCGUCGACACGUACUUCAUCGACGAAAAUCCCCAACUCUUUAAGUUCCUCCCCGGACAGAAUCGUGCCCAAAAGUUGUUGAAUUAUCUGGGCGAAGUUUUAGUGAAUGGACCAACGACGCCGUUGGCAACGUCGCUUAAGCCUGCGGAGAUAAAGCCCUUCGUGCCGGAGAUUCCCAUCGACUAUACUAAGAUUGCAGCCGUUGAAGAAGCCGAAGGCGAGGACAUUACAGAUAUUCUGGAACCGCCGCAAGGUUUUCGUAACAUUCUCAAAGAAAAAGGACCAACAGCGUUCGCCGAGGCUGUUCGCUCCCACAAAGGGCUCCUUCUCAUGGACACCACCUUCCGCGACGCCCAUCAAUCGCUGCUCGCAACUCGCGUCCGUUCCCACGAUUUGCUCCUCAUAUCUCCCUACGUCGCUCACAAAUUCAACAAUCUUUAUGCCCUGGAAAAUUGGGGCGGUGCUACGUUCGACGUUGCCCUCAGAUUCUUACACGAAUGCCCGUGGGAACGAUUGAUCGACAUGCGCAAAGCCAUUCCCAAUAUUCCUUUCCAAAUGCUGCUACGUGGGGCCAACGCCGUCGGCUACACCAAUUACCCCGACAACGUCGUCCACAAAUUCUGCGAGCUAGCUGUCAAAUACGGAAUGGACAUUUUCCGAGUCUUCGAUUCUCUCAAUUACCUGCCCAAUCUCAUUCUUGGAAUGGAAGCCGCUGGAAAAGCUGGUGGAGUUGUCGAAGCAGCAAUUUCUUACACCGGAGACGUGAGCGAUCCACAACGGACGAAAUACGACCUCAAUUACUACACGAAACUGGCGGACGAGCUGGUGAAAGCCGGAACUCACGUGCUCUCGAUAAAGGACAUGGCAGGAUUGCUGAAGCCAAAGGCCGCCGGGAUUCUCAUCGACGCGAUAAGGCAGAAACAUCCUGAUAUUCCGAUCCACAUUCACACUCACGAUACUUCCGGUGCUGGAGUUGCCGCCAUGCUGGAGUGUGCCAGAGCCGGAGCUGAUGUUGUGGACGUGGCUGUUGACAGCAUGUCAGGAAUGACGAGUCAACCUUCGAUGGGAGCUGUCGUUGCAUCUCUUCAAGGCACUCCUCAAGACACGAACUUCAAUCUUCGUGACGUGUCCGACUACUCUGCUUACUGGGAACAAACGCGUACUCUGUACGCUCCCUUCGAGUGUACGACGACGAUGAAAUCCGGAAACGCCGACGUCUAUUUGAACGAGAUUCCCGGCGGACAGUACACGAACCUCCAAUUCCAAGCUUACUCUCUAGGACUCGGUGAAUUCUUCGAAGACGUGAAGAAAGCUUACAGAGAAGCGAAUCUUUUGCUCGGUGACAUAAUCAAGGUCACGCCGAGCUCGAAAGUCGUUGGUGACCUCGCACAAUUCAUGGUCCAGAACAAGCUCACUGCUAAGGAAGUACUCGACAAAGCUGAGGAACUCUCCUUCCCCAAAUCCGUCGUCGAAUUCUUGCAGGGCGCCAUCGGCGAACCGCACGGAGGAUUCCCCGAGCCUUUCAGGUCGAAAGUCCUCAAGGAUAUGCCACGCAUCGUUGGCAGGCCCGGAGAGAGUCUCGAGCCCCUGGACUUCAAGAAACUGGAAAAAGACCUCAAGCAAUCUCACCCUCACGUCACGGAGAAGGACAUCAUGUCUGCAGCUCUCUAUCCUCAAGUGACCGAGGAUUAUUUGAACUUUAACGAAACUUUUGGUCCCGUCGACAAACUCGAUACACGAAUAUUCCUCACUGGACCCAAAGUAGGCGAAGAAUUCGACGUUACCAUCCAGAAAGGCAAAACUCUUUGCAUCAAAACACUCGCGAUGGCCGAAGAUCUCACGCCACAGGGUGAACGCGAAGUCUUCUUCGAAAUGAAUGGCCAACUCAGAUCCGUCUUCAUCAGGGACAAAGAAGCUGUUAAGGAGCUGCACAUUCAUCCGAAAGCCAAUAAAUCCGACAAAAAUCAAGUAGGAGCCCCGAUGCCAGGCACCGUUCUCGACAUAAGGGUCAAAGUGGGUGACACGGUUGAGAAGGGGGCACCUUUGGUGGUGCUUUCUGCCAUGAAGAUGGAGAUGGUGGUGCAAUCGCCGAAAGCAGGCACAAUAAAGAGCCUGGAAAUAACUAAAAACAUGAAACUCGAGGGCGAGGAUCUUCUGCUGACAAUAGAAUGAGGAGACACACCGAGAGACUGAAAACCUUUGAUACGCUUCCUCGAACGAGCAAAGCACAAUUCUGAAUGAUGUUCAAGUCGACGCGUGCGAGACGAUCAGUUACGACGAAACUCAAAAGGCCUAAUGGGGAAAAAAGCACUUUUCGUUGGAACAAUUUGAUUAGUGUCUUUGACAAACGAACCGGAAGUGAGAUUAUUUCUUGAACGAAUCGUUGGAAAAAUGCCUGAAGCUCAACUCGCGUCAUUUCGGCGAUUGUCGAAUCAAAUAUUUGCCACAUUCGUUAUUCGUUACUAUUACGUCAAUGUGCAUGGUGAAUUAGCCCAGAAAUUUCGUAGAAAAUAAUUCGUUCGUGUACUCGAACUCUAGGGUUGGAAUCGUCGUCAUCAUAAAUUAAUAACUAUGUUAAUUAUAAGAAUAAUUGUAAUAACAACCGGCAGCAGAAAACCGGGGUGCGCAUGUGACCAUCUUCCGUCAUUAGACUCUUAUCGUCACCUAAAUAAGUGACCGAAUUCUCGUGUUAUAAGAAGGAAACCGUUUCGGUGGAGCGUUGCUAGAAACGUCAACUUUCGUGAAUUCCAACGAGCUCGUACAAAACAUUUUUCACGUAUUCUCGUUUCUCUCCGUUCCAUACGGUGGAUUUUAUAGUUUUAUUAUGAAAAGCCAGAAGUUUUUAUAAUGAAAUCAUUCAGAAUUUUCACUUUUACAAAUUUUUUAGUAAAAAUUCACGUGUACAUUAUCGAGACAUUUUUUGUAAUGGGUCAUUCGAGCAACUGACUCAGGUACAAACGUCAGAAGCCACUUACGUUUUUGACGCGAACCCCAAAUGCAUAAAAACCUCUGAGGAGCGCAGAUUGUUAGCAACAAGAAAAACAUUCAAAUUUGCGUGAAAUUGUAAGAGUUAACUGUGAUAAAUCUCAUGUACGAUUACUGCCGAGUAACAAAUAAAUAGGACGACUGUAAAGCUCCGAGGGUAUAAUAUUCAACAUUAAGUUUCUCUACACACGUUAAUAAGAGCAAGAAACCGAGUGAGCAAGAGGGUUCGUUAAAAAGUUGAGUUAUCGACUCGCACGUUCGAUGAUUUAAAUAAAGUCUGGACGUGGAAUAAAUGUGCGCCGAGUUAAAUCGGAGGCUGAAAUCGAGAAUUGCUUCACGAUUAGGAUUGUUUUCGUUUUUUUAAAUCGUUUAUCACUUUAUUUUUCAUUCGUCAUUGUAUUUUAUAGAAAACGUGUAUUUUAUACAAAACGAUGAUGAAACAACGCUCGUUAAAAUGUCCUCGAGAUGAUGUAAUUAUUGUUAUUGUUUUUACGCUAGAAAAGGAAAGGGCUGAGCCCUUUCCUCCUAGGACAGUUUUUCAGUUCUCGAACUAGCGCAACCACUCGCCCGUGAAUAUUUCGUAAAUUGUAUAUAAUGAAUGAGAGUCGUACACGCGAGUGCUACGAAUAGAUGCCUUACGUACUCGCAAUAAUGGACUUGAAAAAUGAAUAAAAAAUGUAAGCUGUUUGAACGUCUGUUGCAAUGCGAAUUGUACGUCAUUGAUAAAACAACGACUAUAAAUAUAUUUAUGUAAAAAAGGA